GGAUCUCUUUGGAUAGCUGUCUGUUGGCGAUGGACACUGAAAGCCUGAUGAUCCUUUAUGAGGACAAUUCUGUGGAAGUGCACUAUGUGGAUGGAUCCAGAUUGCUCCUUUCUCCUUGCGGUUCUGAGUUUUUAUUUGAGAAGGCCAUCCCUCCUUCUGCUCAUCCAAUGCAGCCAGCUGAGAGAAUUCACCAGCGGACACAGUUUGCCAUUAGUCUCUACCGGAAACAGCUUCUACGAGCAGUAGAUUUCAGGAAUCAAUAUUCUGAUCGUCCUUAUGUACCUUCAAAUCUUCUACCUCCUGAAAGGAAAAAUAUUGUUUUUACGGAUGUCUGUGAAGCCAAGUGGCCUCAUCCUGAUGCUGCUAGUGGGUUGAUUUGUAGACACAAUGGUGGAGUGAAAGUUUCUUCUUCUGAUGGUCACGCGUGCCUCUUCUUGUCAGAGCUCCAGCAAGAAUUUUCAGUGGAGUUCCUAUGCAGAGUCAGCCAGCAGUUGUCAACACCAUUGCCUCUGUUGGAGAACAGCUGUGAAACAUCAACAAAGGACUGCUGUGCAAGAUCCAGCCCAAAUUCUGUCUCCCAGCAGUUACAAACGGAAGAGAAGGCCCACGAACGCUGCAGGAAUGCUAAAAAUCAUACUCAAGGGAACAAAACGGAGAGUUGCUCAAGUACCACCCAUGAAAAAGAUGAGAUUGAUAAGCCUUUCCAGCACUGCUUGUAUGAAUAUUGUAGGGUUACCCAACACUUGUCUGUGUCCUCCUACCCAAAAGAAUGGAAAUACCCUUUGUCACUGGCCUUUAUGUUUUAUCGUACAUGCGCUAGUAAUGAGCCUGAUAAGGGAAGCAGAGACCACAGAUUUGGAGGGUCUGAAGUUUCCCUGGAAUGUGAAAACUCUAGGGCCAUCAUUUGCCUGCCUUUGGCAUUACCGCUGAGCUGUGCAGCACCAUACUUGCACAGCUGGAAUUUCAGUCACUUAUUCACUCGAAGGAAGGAAGAUAUUGGACGUUAUUUACAUUCCCAACCAAUAAAAGUUGUUUGGAGCAAGGGUGUCCUUUACAAGUUUUUCCUUGGUUUUAAAAGUAUAGAAAUCUUCCCUGGGGAUGGCUCAGUUUUCAAAUCUGAAGGUUCGUUUUUGGGGAAAUACUUCACUCGUUAUUCUGUUCAGGGAGGAACAAAACAAAGAGAAGAAAAGAUGUAUUCUGUAAACAGUCUGCCACCUGAUGUGCCAGGGAGUCUCUACUCAGUGUGUGGAAUUAUUAGUCAAGCAAUAAGAGUUCUUCAACAUGAUCUUGAGACCCUGCUUUCUUUAACCCCCAGUAACAGCUUCUGCUGUUGGAAGGUAUCCCUAGACACAGGUGGAAGAGAAAUGCUACCAGUCCUUCUGGCUGAAAACAUUAUUCCUAACAUUGGAAGAUUCCUUGCAUAUUCAGAUAAUAAAGUACAUGCUGUUUUUUAUGAUGGAAUAGUCCUGAAUACAGUUUGGGAUUUCAGUUCUUACUAUGGAAAAUCCCAGGGUCGUGAGGAUGUUAACUCGGGGUGGUUUAAAGUGACUCUUCCUGAGGGAACACAGCAGCUUCUCCAGAUAGAUAAUCCUGGGUUCUGCGAAAGGUACAUCAGAACAGUGGUGGAAUGGUGCAGAAGCCUGAACAAGGACAGAGCAGUCUGUACUGCUUCCCCACAGCCCCUUCUCAAAGAGCACUGGUCAGUUGCUGCUGAACUUGAAAAAAUAAAAAGAUUCAACUUUUUGGUAGAGAACACCAAUAUUCCAAGUAAGGUUUCAAUCAUGGGGAAAAGUCCAUCCUCCAACACAGAUGGGCAGAGCCACCCAGAAGAGAGCUUGUUACCUGAGAAGAUCGAUGAAAAGCACAUAGUUGAGACUUUGGAAAAAACUUCAAAAGUGAUCAAUGAUAUUGACUGUCUUCUUGCUUUCUCGGCCAAAUGAACCACAGUAAAGCACAAAAGUAUUUGAUGUUGUCCUUCAUUUACCGUUUCAUUUAAUAAAGCAAUAAAGCAAGUA